GCACACAGACGCGGUUUGCAAAGCAUUAUGGGAUACCAGAGACAGCAACAACAAAGGAAGCUUACCCGAUAUUGAAAGCUCUGUAGUAGAAGGGAACUGUUUCUUAAACUGAACGACGGUCAAGGUCCACUUUUGCCGAAGUGAUAAGAAGUUUUUUUUAAAAUCAAUUUUGUGAUAAAGAGCCGUAUCGGUGCACAGGCAGAGGUUUAUAAAAACAGGAAUGGACAGUUCUCAUCAAGAAUUGUCAAAUUCUGAGGUACACGAGACACCAGAUAAAGGUGGUCCAUCUUCCCAGCAUGUGGGCACAGGGACAGAUCAGACAAAUGCCAUGCUCGACAAGAGAAAAGCAACCACGAAAAGGAAGGCUAAUUCACUCAAAGAGGUGAAGAGCAAGAAAAGGAAGAAGAAGAUCCAACGAGUUCAGAGACCCAGUUACACUGUACAGCAUGGUGAGGAUAUGCUUCUGAUUAUAUCAAACGUUAGCCAGUUUGAUAGUGUUUGGAAACCUAAGCGAAAAGCUUGCAAGAGGAAAAAGGCCAAAACAAAAACCACAUCAGUAAGGAGGAAGAAAGAUCCUAGAAAACCCAGAGUCUCUAAAGUCACUGAAGAAAUUUUAGGCAAUGAUGCUGAUUUGGAGGAAUCAGAGACUGCUUUGAGCUUUGACUGGGGUCAGAGAAUGCCAGUGGAAGUGUUAGUUAAGAUUUUUGAACUGGUAGUUCUUCAAGAUGGUGCCAUACCAUUUCUCUGCAGGGUUGGCCGAGUUUGUCAUCUGUGGAACAGUGCUGCUUCUUCACCAGCUCUUUGGCGCAAUGUGUCCAUUGGCUACUGCUGGAUUGAACCUGGUAAGAGUCAGUUACCUGGAACUGAACAGAAGAUUAAGAACACUGUAGACUGGUUAACACAAAACAGGUUCUCACAAUUGAGGAUUUUCAAGCUUUGUCACUGGAAAAAGCAUGUUGACUACGUUGUUCAGAUGCUAGCAAAUGCCUGCUCAAAUCUCCAGUCCCUAGAGUUGUCAUACUGCAUGGGUGUGACAAAAGAGGCCUUUCGGAAUCUUGGAGUUGCCUGCCAGUCUCUUGAGAGCAUAAAUGUGCAACACACAGAAUUUCAGGAUGAUGGUCUGCUGUCUUUCCUCGAGGUGUCUGGGAGUCAACUAAGAAAGAUUUCCUUUACACGCAGCUCCAAAAGUGACAAACUUCUCACUGCUUUAUGUAGGGGUUGCUGUCCUGAUCUCAGGUUUUUGGAGAUUAAUACCAAGUUAGACAGUGGAUAUUGUCCCCUUCCUAUCUGUGUACAGGCUUUACAACUAGGCUGUCCCAAGCUACAGACUUUUAGGUUGAUGAAUAUUAACCCUGUUCCCAAAAUGAUUCGCAACACACCCAGUUCCACACUUGGCUUUCCCAUGCUGGAGGAGUUAUGUAUAGCCUCUUCAUCUCAUUCCUUUAUGAACGACCAGGACCUGCUCAAUAUUCUGCAUGGCUCACCCCACCUGCGUGUGCUGGACCUGCGGGGAUGCUCUCGCAUCACAGCUGCUGGACUAUAUGCUCUGCCUUGUGAAGGUGUCAGUAUGCACCUAAAACGGGGGCCAGCAGUAAAGUUGGAGAAGAACCUUAAGAAGUGUGUGUGUGCGAUUGUGCCCUGAAUGUGUCCCCUGCCUCGUGCCCCGAGUCCCCUGGGAUAGGUUCCAGGCUCCCCGCAACCAUGUGUAGGAUAAGCAGUACAGAAAAUGGAUGGAUCAUAGAGAACACAAACCUAAGCAGCAGUAAUACACUGUAUUCUAAUUGCUUGAACAAAAAAUGUCUCUCUAAAGUAACAAAUGCAACCUGGUGUCAUCAUGAAACUCAAAAUCACUCACUCUGUCUCUAUUUCAGCUCUCGUCUCCAAAGUAAUCAGUAAUCAAAUUCAUAUGGUGAAUUGUUAUGGAGACAAAAUGUAUCUGUAUUGAUGGGAAACCCUAAUAGUGUAGUUCCUUUGUUAUUUUUAGGCUUGUACUCUUUUAUUUUUACACUUAAUUUGUCAUAGAGCUCACUUUAGAAGCAGAGCUCACUUUAUAAGUCUACAACCAUGCAUGCUGCAUUUUAUUUAUGUUGUGCUUGCAAGGGAAAUUUAGAGGCUGUCAUUUGUUACGGUUCUCUGUAUAUGACAUAGUCAAUUACUGUAUAAAACCAUGUCAUAUACUUUAUGUAUUUAAGUAAAACAUUCUAUAUUUGGUAAGGAGAGUGGAUUAAAUUCUUUAGUAGUUAACUUGCAAUAUGCAUGGUCCUGAUACAGUUUUUGUGUUCAUAACACAGACCAAUGUCUCAUUAACAUUUACAAAAUACUUGUAAAUUUAUCAUUGAUUGAUAAAUUUACUUUUCCUACUCGCUGAUUGGUUAAAUACUAUGUAGGAUUAAAUGUAUUUUUUAACACUUGGUAAAAUAAUUUAAACUCUGCACAAGAAAGCACUAUAUAUUCUCAGUAUUCACCAUACAUUCACCUGCUUUCUCAAUAUUUUUAGGUCUGGAGUGUUUAUACUGGGGGCUGUAUUUCAAUAGCAAUGCCAUGGUGGCAUCAAACAAAGGCAUCCACAUGCUCACGCAGAAAUGGUGUCAUAGCCUUCGGGAGCUGGAUCUCACUAACCAACCUUUCUCAGAA